AUGAAGCACAAAUUAGGUUGCGAUGACUUGGAGAUUCCAACAGCUAAGAAAACACACACAAGCCAGUUGCCGGACGAAUUGGACUUGAUUUUCAGUGACAUGCUUCCAGCAGAGUCUUCUAUUUAUUUACUGUCAUCAGAACGACUUGCUAUCGAUGCUGAGAUCGACCAAGCGCUCUCUGGUUUCGAUUUUUCGACUGUAGAUCAACAGGAACAAAUGUCAGAAAACCAAACUGAAACAUCAACCAAAGAGGAGUCCCACGAGGAACUAGAUACCCUUAUAACAGCUUCGAAUGAGUCGAAGCCACAAUCUAGUAAUGUGAGCUCGUCACUGGAAAACUCUACACCUUUCGACUCACCUGAAACCAUCACCACUAGCAUUACAUACAACGAAGAAGACAUAAAGAAGCACACCACAGAGAUCAACAAGGAAACGUUAGCAUCAAUCAAACACUCUAUGGUCAACACUUCGAAAGUUAUGUCGUUGUUCACGACUUUAAAAGUGACAUACUUGAAGUUGUGUAAGGAGUUCAACUACUUGUUGCAGAAGUUCAACGAAAACGAGAAGAUCAAGAUCGAGUUGAUCAACGAAAAUAAUGAGUUGCGAAAACUCUUGACUGAGAUUAUCACCAAACGCGAGCUCGAGAGGAAGAGAGCAAAGGAACUCGAAUCUAAGAAUGGAGUCCUUGAGUUAAAGCUCAUGGAGAAGGAGCUCAAAACGAACUAA